AUGUCAGUCGAAUUCAUCGGUGACGUUGAGAAGCCAAAACGAGUCAAAUUCGACAAAAAGAUCGAACUGGUCUUCAGGGACGAAUUUCCUAAGAAGAAUCCAAAUCAAUCGGCCUCAUCAAACAGACUCACUGGAUACGUCAUUGACAGAAUCAGUGCAAUUGUGGCUGGAAUCACCACACUCUCCCACGUCAGAGAGAGCAGCAGUCUGCUUCGUCCUGAAUCAACCAAUUUCAACGAGAUUGAUCAACUAUUUGAUGGUAAUCAAUUUAAUAUUGAUGAAUGUGACAGCAGAUUGGAACAGGCACAGUGGUUUUAUGAUCUCCUACUUCGGUGCACUAGAAAUGAGAUUGUGGUGAAGCAGCCUAUUCCAUUUGGUGAGAUUGAAAUAGGCUCUUAA